AUGCCUGUCAUGAAAGGAUUGCUUGCGCCUCAGAACACCUUUUUGGAUACAAUUGCUACACGAUUCGACGGAACUCACAGCAACUUUGUUCUGGGAAAUGCUCAGGUUCUGAACCUGUAUCCAAUAGUGUACUGCUCUGAUGGAUUCUGUGAACUGACUGGCUAUGCCCGAGCUGAGCUCAUGCAGAAGAGCUGUGCUUGUAAGUUCCUCUAUGGAGUAGAAACAAAUGAAGUCAUGAAAAUCCAGAUCCAGAAAGCACUGGAUGAGAAGCGCGAGUUCAAGACUGAACUUAUCUUCUAUAAGAAAAGUGGUGCAUCCUUUUGGUGUCUGCUAGAUAUUGUUCCAAUUAAGAAUGAAAAGGGAGAGGUUGUGCUCUUUCUGGCAUCACAUAAGGACAUUACUGAUAGCAAGAACAACUUGUCACCGGAUAGUACACAUGGUCCAGAUGACUUGGAAAUCUCCAAAAACACAAGGCCACCAGGGUUCAACGCUAACAGAAGAAGGAGCCGAGCUGUGUUGUACCAUCUGUCAGGACACUUGCAGAAACAAGACAAGAGCAAGCUGAAGCUAAAUAAUAAUGUAUUUGGAGAGAAACCAGCACUCCCAGAAUAUAAAGUUGCAGCUAUUCAGAAAUCCAGGUUUAUUCUGCUCCAUUAUGGCACUUUCAAAGCCGGAUGGGACUGGUUGAUCCUCUUGGCAACAUUUUAUGUUGCAGUGACUGUUCCAUACAACGUCUGCUUCAGUGUCAGCAGAGAUGACCAUUCUGCUGCUUCAAGAAACCCACCCAGUGUGAGUGACAUCUUUGUGGAGAUCCUCUUCAUGCUUGACAUAAUGCUGAAUUUUCGGACUACAUACGUCAGCAAGUCUGGGCAGGUUGUCUAUGAUCCUCGGUCAAUUUGUGUGCAUUAUGCAACAACCUGGUUCUUCGUGGAUCUUAUAGCUGCACUUCCUUUUGAUCUCCUCUACGCAUUCAAUAUCAAUGUGUAUUUUGGUGUUCACCUGCUCAAAACCGUGCGUUUACUGCGUCUGCUGCGGCUGCUUCAGAAACUGGACCGUUACUCCCAGUACAGUGCCGUGGUGCUCACCCUUCUCAUGUCCAUGUUUGCUCUGAUCGCGCACUGGAUGGCCUGCAUCUGGUACUUCAUUGGGCAGAAGGAAAUUGAAGUCAAUGAUCUGUCUACCUGGGAAAUUGGUUGGCUUCAUGAAUUGGCAAAGCGUUUGGGAACUCCGUAUGUAUCUGUUUCUUCAUUGAGUGCCUCCACCACCACGAACUCCACAAUUCAGGCCACCUCCAUUAACACCAGCUCUGGAGGUAACAGUUCCAGUCUUGAACUGCUCGGAGGUCCCUCGAUCCGAAGCUCCUACAUCACUUCACUCUACUUUGCACUCAGCAGCCUAACCAGUGUGGGCUUUGGGAACGUGUCAGCUAACACAGAUGCUGAGAAAAUCUUUUCCAUUUGCACCAUGCUGAUAGGAGCUCUCAUGCAUGCAGUGGUAUUUGGAAAUGUGACUGCAAUAAUCCAGAGAAUGUAUUCCCGACGUUCCUUGUACCACACCAGGACUAAAGAUUUGAAGGACUUCAUACGUGUUCAUCGACUCCCUAAGCAGCUGAAACAGCGAAUGCUCGAAUGUUUCCAAACCACAUGGUCUGUGAAUAGUGGUAUUGAUGCCAAUGAGCUUCUGAAAGAUUUCCCUGAUGAACUGCGAGCAGACAUUGCAAUGCAUCUGAACAAAGAAAUCCUUCAGCUGCCUAUAUUUGAAUCAGCUAGCCGUGGGUGCCUUCGAUCCCUCUCCCUGAGCAUCAAAACCUCUUUCUGUGCUCCUGGGGAGUACCUCAUCCGCCAGGGUGAUGCCCUGCAGGCCAUCUACUUUGUCUGUUCUGGUUCCAUGGAGGUCCUGAAGGACAACACCGUCCUGGCUAUUCUAGGAAAAGGCGACUUGAUUGGCUCUGACUUUUUGGCAAAGGACCAGGUAAUUAAGACUAAUGCCAACGUAAAGGCUCUGACCUACUGUGACCUGCAGUACAUUAUUCUGAAGGGUUUGCGGGAAGUACUGGAGCUGUAUCCAGAAUAUGCACAGAAAUUCAUUGAAGAUAUUCAACAUGACCUGACCUACAACCUGCGAGAAGGGAGUGAAGCUGACUUGGAAUAUGCACGCAAUGGUGGCCUUAUCCAAAAGCUGCCCUCUAUCCUGGAGGAUGAAGAACUUGAAGAAGAUGAAAACACACCUUUGGCUCCCAAUGCAAACAGUACAACAGGAAUAACACCACCAAUCAAGGUGUUUUGUUCACCAAGCAGAUGUUCACUGGCCGAAAAAAAAUUAUCUAAGCCAGCUGCCCCACCAAAUAACAGCAAUAAGGAUACUAGCAAAAGCAGACUUCCAAAUAACAAUGGGAGCAAGCCAUCCACACUACAAAUCCCUCCUUUAAACUGUUCUGCUCCCUCCAACCUGAGCUCAAGGUUUGUGGAUGGAAUUGAAACUGACAACAGUGCACCAGCUAGGCAGAAAUUUGAAUUCAAUGCAAAGCAACUAAAUGAAGACAACAAUUAUUCUCAGUUAAGCUCAGGGGAGACUGAAGAGACCAAGCAACAUAUCUGUAAACUUAACCAAGAGAUGUUGCACCUUUCUCAUCAAGUCACUCAGCUGAGCAGAGACCUGCAGGAUAUGAUGCAGCUUCUGAAACCAUUGUUGCCCUGUCACAAGUACGAUCUUGCCUCUCCAGAGGUUGCAAUGAACCUCAGUCCCUCAGCUGCCAACAGCAUCAUGAGGCCACAGGCUCCCUCCAUGGCUCUGACUUGCCCUACAUUGCUGAGGCCUGACUUGCAACAUCGAUGCUCAUGGCCUGAUAGCAACCUUGACCCACCCAGGUCAUCAGCGUCGAACUUGACCAGUCUCUCCGUGAAGUUACACACUGUUCAUGCCUCAUUGUCACUCAACUCCCUAAUGGAUUCAUCCCAACAUAUAGAUCACAGAGGCGGUGACCCCCACCUUCUGAAGCUGCCCACGACAGCAGGCAGUUGCCAGUUACCUCAUCAAUUCCUACGUGCAGAUAUGAUGCCUUUUGCCUCUUCACCUCCCAGUACAUUGGCCAAUUUAGAAGAGGAUAGACAAGCAGAAGGACUCAGCGUCAAGAGAAGUGACGUACCUGUGGUACUGCAAGCAGAUGCUGAUUACUUACCAGAUAGAGUGGCUGAACUUCUCGGCACAAAGCUAACACUGGACCUCCAAAAGGCAGAAACGUGUUCUGUUGAAAUGGUAAGGACAUCCACUGAGGACUCUGGCAGCGACUCAAUUCAAUUCAUUGAUGACGAUGGGACAAAUCUAUAAAGUCCGGGGACUGAAAAAAAUGGCUAAAGUUUGCCAGGUCUGUGACAUUUUUUUUUAAAGUUUUGAUUUGAUCUUGAAUCAACAUUUUUUUUUUGAAAAAUUCAGAAGGAUAAAAUCAAGUGGACCUGUUUACUUUUAUGUGACCAGGUUCUUAAACUUCAAAACAAUUUGCAAAUAAGUGACUGACACAAGAAUAUGCAACAUGAUAAAGAUUUCACUGUCAUUGGAAAGGAACAAAGUUUCUGUAAAAUAUAGAACGAGCUACAGGCAUGAACUCCCUUUAGAGAUUUGUUUCUACGCAUGUGUUCUUCUGAAUGAGCCAAAAUGUGUACAGAACAGAGUACAUACUGCUAUGAGAUGUUGGAACUGGCCGAUCGAUUAUAUAUAACAAAAAAGGACUUAUUUUUCUACCUUUGUUACAUGAAAAAAUCUUUAUACAGAUUACUUUUUCCUUUCUUUGCAUAAUGGGAUAAACUUGUUUAUUAAGCAAGUUUUA